CUGCCCUGCCCUACCUCGCCGGCGGCGGCGCGCAGAUCGCGGCCCCUCGCCCGCACCGAUUCGCCCCGCGGCGCCCACCUUCCCGUCCGUUCUGCUUGGGCGACGGCGAUUCCUGCAUCGCAUCGCCUCCUUCUUUAGCGGCUGCUUCGGCUACAGCGGCGGUUCCUGCGUCGCCCGCCUCCUCCAGCGGCUGCUUGGCGGCGUCUCCAGCUCUGGGGAAGAAGCAAGCGGCUAGCGGCUCUCUCCCGGCGCCCAUGGUGGACAUCAGCGAGUGCUCGCCGGUGCCCGAGUCCGUGCCGGCGCACCCGGACCCCGCGUCCGUUUCUCCGGACGCCUGGCGGCGCUUCGAGACCGCCGCGCUCGCCGUGGUGAACAAGAUCCAGCCCACCGCCGCCUCCGAACACCUCCGCGCCGCCGUCGUCGACUACGUCCAGCGCCUCUUCUGGUUCCAAGCCCGGUAUCAGGUCUUUCCAUUUGGAUCUGUUCCAUUGAAAACAUAUCUUCCAGAUGGAGAUAUUGACCUGACAUUAUUUGGCCCUGCUAUUUCUGAUGAGAAUCUAGCAAAUGAAGUAUGCACUAUUCUAAAAUCGGAAGAGCGAAGGAAAGAUUCUGAAUUUGAGGUUAAAGAUGUCCAGUAUGUCCCUGCUGAGGUCAAGCUGGUUAAAUGUUUGGUACAAAACAUUGUUGUAGACAUCUCAGUUAAUCAGAUUGGUGGGCUGUGCACACUAUGUUUUCUUGAGAAGGUUGAUCAACACUUUGGAAAAGAUCACCUAUUUAAGAAAAGCAUAAUUCUUAUAAAAGACUGGUGUUACUAUGAAAGCCGGAUUCUUGGUGCUCACCACGGCCUAAUUUCCACGUAUGCCUUGGAGACUCUAGUUCUAUACAUUUUCCAUAUCUUCCACAAGUCUUUGGAUGGUCCAUUGGCUGUUCUCUAUAGGUUUCUAGACUAUUAUAGUAAAUUUGAUUGGGAUAAUAAGGGGAUCAGCUUAUUUGGACCUGUUUCCUUAUCUUCACUACCUGAGCUAGUUACUGACCCACCAGAUAUCCAAGAUGAUGAUUUUCUUCAACGGGAGGAAUUUCUAAAAGAAUGCAUAGAAUCUUUUAGUGUUCUCCCUAGAAACUCUGAGACGAAUCCUAGACUAUUCUCACGGAGAUUUUUAAAUAUUGUUGAUCCACUAAAGCAGAGUAAUAAUCUUGGACGCAGUGUCAGUAAAGGAAACUUUUACCGGAUACGCAGCGCAUUUGAUUUUGGUGCUCGUAAGCUUGGCAAGAUUCUUCAAGUGCCUUCUUGUCUCACUGUUGGUGAAGUCAAUCAGUUUUUCAGGAACACUCUAAAGAGAAACCGUACUGGUUUAAGGCCAGAUGUUUUGGUUGUCUCUUCUGACCUUGUUACAAAUGAUCCUGUAUCAUCAGACUUAGAUGUGGAAAGAGUCAACAAUGUUGCGCCUAACAAUUCCUGUGAUGUUCUGUCUAAUCAGCUCAGUAACAUCAACAUUUCAGAUUCCAAUAAUCAUGGCUCAAUAAAGCAAAAAGAAUGUAACUCUAUGGCUGAUCACAAGGAGACAAAAUCUGUUUCUUUGGGUUUGCUAGAUAGUGAUGCCACAAAUCAUGCAACUACCGAUUCAUUAAGUAUAAGGGGUGGUGGCAACUUCUCUGAAGCUUCACCAGUACCUAGUGAAACCAGUACCUUGCAAUCAGAAACAGGCAAGAAAGUUGAUGUUAGAAAUGACACAACCCCAUCAUACUAUGGGGUUUCAGCAAAGCAGUUUACAGGCAGAUCUCACCACUAUAUUGAAGAUACUAAGCAUAAUGCUUACCCCUAUUCUACUGGUUUAGUUGAUGGUCUGGGCACAUCUAAUUCAGUUUUAACAUCGGAUACACAACCUGGAGGUAACAACAAUGACACAGUGCCAAAUCUCACUGGAGAUUUCGAUACAAAUUUGCAUAAUCUUCUGUAUGCACGGGGGUUCCAUCAGGACAAUCCUAUGACUCAAUUAUACUAUCCAAUGCCCAUGCCACCACCCCUGCAAUAUCAGAACAUGCACCCAUCAAAUGGCCAUGGCAGAAAAAAUCCGUAUGGAUAUGCUGGUAGGAAUGGGGUUGUCCCUGGUCAUGUUUAUCCACCUAGCUAUUUUGUGUAUAGGCCAUUGUAUCAAGCAGAUGAUCAUAUGACUUUGAGGACUCGUGGAACAGGCACCUACUUUCCUGACCCAAAUUUGCGCAAGGACCGACCACCUACUGGACGUGGGGAGAGAGGAAGGAAUCAUUCCCAUCAGAAUAAUUAUCAUAAGUUUCACCACCACACCCGACCGGAUAUGCCUGUAGAUAUGAUACCUUUGGAGGAAUUGCGGCAUGAGCUGCCACUGCAGACAUAUGCUCCUAAUGCAAAUGGUCAUGGAAUCCCAUCUCCAAUGAAUAUACCAAUAUCAUCCCCAUCUUCCCAGUCUCCAAGGGAUCCUUUGAAUGUACCAAUGCAUUCCCCAUCUUCCCAUGUCCGAAAGGAUAAUUUUCAUGGCAAUGGUUUUAUGCUCCCGCAAGACAGUAAACUUGAGUUUGGGACCUUGGGGGCAUUGCCUUCGGAAGUUGCCUCUAAAGACCAUGCCAACAGAUCAGGUUCUGUCUCCAACAAUCAAGCUUCUGGGCCUGUGAGCCCCAUGUCUGUGGCCAAAAAUACUGGAAUGGGUUCCAAUGGAAUGAGGAAUGUUCAGCCAUACCGUCUCAAGGACAGUGGUGACUUCCCGCCACUGUCCAGUUGAUGUCGAUUCCGUGUGUAUGAGAGGCAGCAGGAUAAUGAUGAGUGGUGUGCUUCCGACACGAAUGGGACAUCGUGUAAUGGCGCCGAGUUCUUUGGCAGAAGCAUACGCCAUGAUGUACAUCCUGUUUUUUUUUUCCUUCCCUUUUCUCUAGUUGCCAUUAAGCACCACCACUGCAACGCAGCCUGUGCUUUCUUGCGACAAGAGAGAAGGCAGAAGUAAAAAGAGAUGAAAAACGAGAGAAGGAAAAAUGUAAGGGAAAAAAAUGAAAGCAAAAGGGUGGAGAUACUUUUAGGGGUAUAGUCCCGUUGUUUCAGUUCUACAGCUCAAGAGGAACAGAUGGUGCUGGUGAAAGAUAGAUCUAGCUAGCUAGCUAGUUUUGUUGUUUUGAUUGACCUCAGGGUGAUUGGAGAACUGGAUUUUGUCGUCCAUGUCCACGUGUAACGAGGAUAGAGUUGUAGCUCCCUGUUUGCAUUUAGAGGGGGGGAGGCCUUGGUGUUGAAAGGCCCCAAAGUUUGAAGCUACUUUAGCUGCUUGAAAAUGGAUUAGGUACACAGAAUGUGUU